CGGUAUCGUCGCACGAUGAGUCUCGCCGUCGUUUACCGGCUCUUCCGUAUCCCGGCAAAGUCUUUAAUACCGACGCGACACACGAUACAAACGCAGGAAUACGCAGCGGUCCGCCCGGGAACGAAGAAAGUAAAAAAGACACUGGUUGCGGUGGAAAAGAAAGUAUUGCCCGUUGAAACUGACGUCAACCGGCUCUUGACUCACGUGUGCGGCACAAAUAUCUACAAGGAGGGCGGAGAAGACGUCAAGUUGAAGCCGGACUCCGAGUAUCCUAGUUGGCUGUGGAACAUAAGAACUGGCCCUCCGCCACCUCUGGAGGAAAUGGACCCAAAUACGAAGCAGUACUGGAGGCGGCUGCGAUUGCUCGGGCUAAGGAAAAAGAACAAGGAGCGCGCGACUAGAAAGUUUUAAUUCACCUGCAUUCACGAUACGUGCGCUUCAUUGUAAAUCGAUAACAAGAGCUGCUGAAAAAUAAAAAAUGACCACCCGCGUCUUGGUCGCGCAAA